CAAAAUAUCAAGAAAUUAAAAUGCCUAAUUAGUUAAACUUUUGUUGGGAUUUUGCAAUUUUAAUCAACAAACAUUAUACAGACACUUUUUCUUAAUAAAGAUAUUUCCGAAAAACUUCAAUAGGUAGAUCAUCAACAUCAGCAAUCACUGCUGAAGUUGCUCCAUUGAUCCCAUUCAGGUGUUUAGUGAUACCUUUCAAAAAUAUUCAUGGAUUUAAAGAAAAAAGAAAAGACAUGUAAAUUGGAUGAUUUUUUUUUCGGGCACAAAAUAAUACUUUCACUAGUGAAGUGAUCUUCAUGACAUUCGCACAGAAUGACGAGAGCAAAACACAAACAAGAUCACUGUCGAUCAUUCAUCUAAGUAAGGUACCAACUCUGCAUGUAAAGCUGAAAUAAUUCAACUUCAAUGAGUUGUCUCCCCCAUUCACUUUUUUUUGGUCGUGCGCUCCUCUGUUCAUUUACCUAUGUGCAAUUGUUUCGUGUUUUGCGACUUAAAGACAGCAAAAAUAGGUGAAAGUGGAUUUUGCUUAAACAAAAAUUUUUGUCAUUCAAAUCAUUCUUCUUAUUGUCAUCAGACGCAAACCGGAACGUUUUUCAUGAAAUGAUGAAAUGAAUGAGACAAUUUACUUUUGCCAUUUCUACGGUGGCUGAGUGAGUACCUCUUGACGGUAUCUUACACCUUCUUCAGGCGUGCGUACACCGCUUCCUUUGCUCAAAGACAAACACUUGAGCAAAUAUUGCACCAUAUGUUUGCUUGCCAAAUACAACUUGGGUUUUUUUCAGAGUUCCUUUGUGGGGGUGGGGAUUGAUCUUAUGGAGAAAAUUUCAUUAUAAAUUGUAUAUGUGCCUGUCCUCCCCUAUAUGCAGCAAUAGGUUUGGGUGUGGUGGAUGAGUUUAUCCUCCCCAGAUGGGUGAUCACAUCGUCCCCACACGGUAAUGAUCGGUGUGCGAUCAUGGUAUGAAAGAAGCAUACAUAGGCACUGAGGUACUCACACCGAAACGAAACGAUAUUGGAGAAAGGGGUCAAACUUUCACGUGGUAUAAAAUCUUGAUACACGCCAAAACCGGCGUAUUUCCAUAUGAGACUCCGUAGAGUUCGAAUCUUAGUAUAUUGUGUGUAGAUUUUAAGGUUGUUUUUUUGCUCUUUGCAACUCCUCCAAACCCACAGUUCUUCACCAUAGCAUUGGGACUUUAUCAGUUACUCAUCGCGCUUAUACAUAACAAGCCAAGAAGAAAAAUUUGAUCUCAAAGUGCUCCAGUUUAUCCCACAUUAUACUACAUUGUUACAACUUUCUCAGUUGCUUCUUUUCUUUAUUUUUUUCGGGCUGAACUAAAAAACAGACAACACAGAAAAAAUACCAAGUUUUUGGUGUUACAAAGGAAAAGUGUGAUAAUUAACAAGUGUUUUGCUAUAUAGCGAAAUAAAUACAUUCUAAAGAAAAAAAUUAAAGUGAAUUUUCCAAUUGGAUUUACACACACAACAGUGCUAACUGCUCAAAGGAUUUUCUCAUUUCAUCAGGAUUUACACGCAUCGAGAAAACAAGGAUAUAUAGAAAAAGCAAUUGAAACGACACAACGAUUACGAGAGUUGAUUGUAGCGAAUUAGUCAUCUUUAGCUUCUAGGAUAGGUUCCUGAAAAUUCCUAGUUUAAGGAAUUUGUGGCAACUUUUUUUUUCAAAUAAAACGGAAGUCAAAAUCAACUCAGUGGAUUCGAGAAAGAUUUGAGGAUUCCAGGUUCAAAUAAUGGGUUGGCGAACGCGACAAGUGCUCGCGGUUUUGGCUAUUGUAUUAAGUACAUUUCAGAAUACACAAGGUGAUGUUGAUUCAGCAGCACUACCAUUGGAACACAGAGCAGUCUACGGACCACCAGCCCCAUCAGCCAUCUAUGGUACACCGGGAUUGAUUAACCCGGGUAGCAAUGAUGUGUCAGAUGAUCCGUGGCCACUGUCGUCAUCCAACGACAGCCCGCAGAUAAAGCAUUUACAAGUGCAAUGCGAAAAGACUCACAUGAGGGUCAAUAUUGAAUUUGAUCGUCCAUUCUACGGGAUGAUCUUCUCCAAAGGUUUCUACAGUGAUCCCCACUGUGUGCACCUGAAGCCCGGCACGGGGCAUCUAAGUGCUACAUUUGAAAUCUUCCUCAAUAGCUGUGGUAUGUCGAGUUCGGCAAAUCACAAUGCUGGCGCCUAUGGAGGCCCUACUCCAUCGGGUAGCUACGUUGAGAAUACCAUCAUUAUCCAAUAUGAUCCUUAUGUACAGGAGGUGUGGGAUCAGGCUCGAAAACUUCGGUGCACGUGGUAUGAUUUCUAUGAGAAAGCCGUAACCUUCAGACCUUUCCAAGUUGACAUGCUUCAUGCAGUCACAGCCAACUUCCUCGGCGACAAUCUACAGUGUUGGAUGCAAAUUCAAGUAGGCAAGGGCCCAUGGGCUUCCGAAGUGUCGGGCAUCGUGAAAAUUGGUCAGACAAUGACCAUGGUUUUAGCCAUUAAGGAUGAUGAGAACAAAUUUGAUAUGCUUGUACGAAAUUGCGUAGCCCAUGAUGGCAAACGAGCACCAAUUCAGCUUGUGGAUCAACAUGGAUGCGUCGUACGACCGAAGAUUAUGAGCAAAUUCCAGAAGAUUAAGAACUUUGGACCAUCCGCCAGUGUGGUGUCCUUCGCAUACUUCCAGGCCUUCAAGUUCCCCGACUCCAUGAACGUACACUUCCAGUGUGUCAUUCAGGUGUGUCGGUACAACUGCCCAGAACCAAAAUGCGGUCAUCACGGUGGACUCGGUGGGUAUGAACAUCAUGUUCCUGGUGCAGGAAUUAGCGGAGAAUAUGGUGUUCCAGGUUUGGGUGACUACGCUGGUGCCCUUGGUGGUGAAUAUGGUCUACCACCGGCAUUCCCCGAUCCACGGCAUCCAGCCGACGCCUCCGGUGCCUACUCCGAGAAUCAGGCUGAUGUAAUUCCACCCCCACAGGCUCAGACAAGCUCACAGGGUGGUGCACCACAGAACCAGGGUAAUGGGAAUGACAAUCCACAACAGCAGGAUGCCAAUCAACAGGAACCAAAUGUGAGUCAGAAUGAUAUCAACCUGCCACCACCCCCACCACCAGGUCACUCUGGGUACAGUACGGUAAAGAGGAAAGAUGAUCUCGUUGAUGCUGGCGGGAAUCUCGUCACCCUCGGCGGUCGACCGCGUAGUGUUGAGAAUCUCGAUGAUCUCCGCGGUGUCCGACGGCGCCGUGAAACAAUGGAAGUUGUCAUCACACCACGCAUCUACAAGCGUGAGGCGCAAGAGAUGACGGAUGUCAAUACGAGUAGAAUUAUCCAGGUUGUUGCACCUGGUGAUGUUAAUUUUGCCCUCAAUAGUGCACCGGGUAACGAAACAGUCGUCAUCCAGUCCGCCCGAUCUGUUGACCCCGAAACAAUUUGCAUGUCUGUGCCCAGCUUCGUUGGAGGCCUCGUCAUGCUAUUACUAGUCCUGGCGGUCGCUUCCCUCGUGGCUGCCUUCCUCUUUGUCAGGGUGCGUCACUUUGACCGAAAGUCAGCGGCUACAGCGUAUGUGUCGGAAUUUGUGAAAGUCAACUGAAUUAUUCCUGCCUCAAACAUCAAUCAUUCCUCGCAUUGAUUUAUAUAUUCCAUUUUGUAUAGUAGAAGAAAAACAACAAGAGAUGAGAGAAGUAGCGACCAACAACGAUGAGGUGAACAUUAACUACGAUUUUUUUUUAAAACUAUACAAAAGCCACACAACAAAUUCAAUUCACAAAAUCAUUUCAGUGACACUCUUUUGAGCAAAAAAUAAAAAUAAAACGACUGCAGUAAGUUUUGAGAGAAAGAAAAAAAAAACCUUCGAAAAUAAAA